AUGGUGCAGUAUGUCUUUACGCCUUGGCGAGACCGCCAGGAAUUGCUCCUUGUGCGGGACCAAUUCUACGGCUCCGAGGCGUUGACGCGGGCUGCUGCCGGCGGUGCGUCGUCGAGUCGCCGUCGGGUCGAGGAGGCAGCUGGCAGAGAUGCAUAUGCUGAGCAGCGUCCAGAGGAGGGGGAGGGCUUGGAUCAGGGGGAUGCAGGGCGGCACUCUACUGCUGCUGCUGCGGCCAAUGACUACCAGACUUCAUCACGAGAGCAGGGAGACCGGGACGAGCAGCACAAGGCCGUGGGGCGCGUCUCCAUGUGGAUGCAGCGCGGCAACUGUCCGCACAUGGUGGAGUCGACGGCACUGCUCAUGGCUGCGGUCCUGAGCGACGAGGCCGCGGCCGCGGGCAAUGCAGGAGCAUCGACGUAUGCUGUGAGGGCUGCAUAUGCAGCUGCUUUUAGUCGCUUCGUCACUGGGUUGUUAGACGGGCAUCAAGACAAGCUGCGCAAGCAGAGCAUGUACUCUAUCGCCAAGAACAUUGGCCUGCCGGCUACCUUUGUAGAGCUUAGGCAUCAAGCCACGCAUGAGCAGCUGCCGUCGCUUGCCAAACUGCGGUCCGCCGCGAGAAAGGCUCUCGUUUGGAUCUGGGACUACUACUGGAAACACCUCGGCGAGGCAGAAAAGGCCAAGGAUCCGUGCAGAGAGCUUGUGCUGUCGUAUCUUCGAGAAGACGACGAGGCAUCGAGGCUGAAAAUCAUGAGGCGGCUGCGCCAGUGGGACCUCGAAUACUUGCAGAAAACGAUUGCAGAGCUGCAGCGGACGCUGCCCGGGAAUCAAGUGUUUCUCAAGUGCUUGAAGCUGUCCAAAGACAUGGCAGCCAUGACGGUUGAAGACGCGAACGACCCGGAUCCGAAAGUGGGCGGGAUGCCGGAGCAAGAGCAGGAGCAAGAUCCGGAUCGUAGUUCGGAGCCGAACACGGGAUGGUCUCGAUAUAGCGGCACCUGGAGACCUAAACCGAUUGGGGUCGGGAGCUCCAACAACUAUGCGUAUCUCGUGGUUGAUGACAAGUCCAAGGAUGCUGUCAUUAUUGAUCCUGCGAACCCGCCAGAGGUCACUCCUAUUUUAAAGGAUGCCAUUUCAUCAGGCCAGAUUAACCUGACGGCUAUUCUUGCUGACCUGGGUAAUGAGAAGCUCACCAUCAUUGGUGGCAAGGAUUGCGAGGGAGUCACUAAGACGCCACAGCACGGAGAGACAUUUCAGAUUGGUGAUAUCUCUGUCAGGGCCGUCCACACCCCUUGCCACACGCAGGACAGCAUCUGCUAUUACAUGGAGGAUUCAACUGGCAAGGCAGUCUUCACCGGUGAUACGCUUUUUGUUAGCGGAUGCGGCAAAUUUUUCGAGGGUAGCGCGGCUGAGAUGCAUGAAGCGUUGAACAACCGUCUUGGAGCGCUGCCAGAGGACACUCUUGUCUAUCCCGGCCACGAGUACACAAAGUCAAACGUUCGAUUCACUAUUUCUGUGUCCCAGACGGAGCCUAUCAAGAAACUCCAGGAAUUUGCUGAGAACCACCAGGUUACGACGGGCAAAUUCACGAUUGGUGAUGAGAAGAAGCAUAAUGUCUUUAUGAGAGUCAACGAUCCCGAAAUCCAAAAGAUUACCGGCGAGACGGACCCUGUAUCCAUCAUGGGAAAGCUGAGGGAAAUGAAGAACAAUUUUAAGCCUCCGAAGCGCAAAGCAGGCGGUCCCUCCACCGCGCCCAAGCCGCGCCAGUCGAGACUCGCCAAGGAACACAAUGUCUCUGCGCAGGAGGAAGGCGAGAUUAAGGAAGCCUUUGGCCUGUUUGCGGAGCCGAUGGACGGCGAGAAGAACGGCGUCUUGCCCAUUAACGAUGUCAAAUCGGCGCUCAUAGCCCUCGGAAUCCCCCCAUCCUCCCCCGCCGAGCUCCGCGAAUUCAUCUCCAUCCUCGACCCCGACAACGACGGCUACGCCACCUACGAGCCCUUCUUCGCCAUCUGCGCCCUAAAGUUCCACGCGCGCGAGGACGACACCGACGACGCCCACCGCGAGGAGCUCAUCGAGGCCUUCCAGCUCUUCACAAACGGCCACGACGGCCCCAUCACGCUGGCGCACCUGCGGCGCGUCGCCGCCGUGCUCAAGGAGGACGUGGACGAGGAGCUGCUCAAGGACAUGAUUCUCGAGGCGAAUGGCGGGGUGGGCGUUGCGAGGGGCGUGGAGCUGGAUGAGUUUGAUAGCGUGAUGAGGAACGCUGGAGUAUGGCGGUGA